ACACGGGCCGGAAAACUGAUUGUUGUUGCGGUUGCUAAAUUACAGGCGAAUCUGGAAAUCAAUUAAGUUAUGAAAAAUACCAUUAAUUGCCUUUCUUUGUCACCGCAGCCCAUGAAGAAAUGGCGGAUCUUCAGACAUUGUACAUCUGAGGGAAAACACUUCACACCUAAUGGCGUGGAUACCGAUAAUUACAGUGAUCUCAGUCGACAGGAAUAUUUACGUCUUUUAGAAAUACUGAAGAACAUCUUUGAAACACAUCAGAAUGAGCUGAUGGUUGUGGAAGUCUGCAAGAAGACAUUGCAAAACAGAGAGAGGCUGGGUGGAAGAUGCCAAGAAAAAAACAACAGAAUCCACAGCCAGUUAAGUUGGAUUCUGAAGAUGGUGUAGCCACUGAAGCUCCAGGAAACCUCCCCUUAGACACAGACUUCCUUCUUGGGCAAGAGCUUGAGUUUGGUGAUCCUGAUCAUGACGACAAGAUUUUAGGCCUGGAAAGGUUCUCAGAGGUAGCUGCUGAGAUUGGUUUCUCUGUGUAUCCUCUGGGUGAUGAGGAGAGUCCUACCUACAGCCAGCUCAGCAUGGAAAGUGAAGCAGACAACUCUCGCAGCGCAACUGAAAACGGGAGGGAAGACGAGGGCAGAGCAUCUCAAUCUGAGCCCAGUUUCCCUCCCUACCUGUCCUGCAGGGGCUGCGGACAGCUCCGUGAUGAGCCUCUGGGACCUGGCAUAGACCUUUUUGGUCCAUAUUGCCUUAGGUGCUGUAAAGCCUCCAGGGAAACCAAAAGUCCUGAUUUCUGUUCACCUUUUGGAGGCAUCAGCGGGAUUCGCUCAGACUCCCAUUCACAGCUUGAUGGCGCAGGGGUGGGAAAUGGGAUGGGUGACAAAACAGUGACAGCCGAGGACAAAUCACCAAAAUUGCACUCAUGUCACCUCUGUGGCUUCUCCUCACGUUACGCCAACCACGUGAAACGUCACAUGAAGACGCACAACGGGGAAAAGCCCUUUAACUGCCCCUUGUGUACUUAUGCCUCAGCCCAGCUGGUGAACCUGCAGAGACACCUGCGCAUACACACCGGGGAGAAACCGUACAAAUGUGACAACUGCAGUUUUGCCUGCAGUUCCCUUGGCAAUCUGAAGAGGCACCAGCGGAUGCAUGUGCCCACUGCAUGCGCAAGACAGGAUGCCCUGCCACAACUGGCUAGUGCCCACAGCAGCCUGAAGAGACCCAGUGGGGAAGAACCUGGUGCUUUAGGCAAGGUUCUAGAGGUUGCAAGGCCAAUGUCAAGCCUGAGUUUGGGAGCACACAACAGCGACUACCUAGCAGCCUUCGACGGCUUAAAGGCAGCAUCACCGCCACCCAUACCAACCUCUAACCCAGCUCCUGAGCAGCAGCUCAAACCACUGACGGAGACCACAGGCAGCGGCGGCAGUAAUGCGACCAGAGGCAGUGUAGCUGACAGUGCCCCCCUCCCCCCUUCGCUUUACCCUUUUACCUGCCGGUUGUGUGGCAUUGUCCUGGAGGAUGAGGAUGGCUCCUCAGCCCAGAUUUGUGCCAAGUGUACCCUUGAAAUGCUAACUAAAGACUCCUCAUCUCCUAACAGCCCCAGCGAACGCAGUGACAAGGUGUACACCUGUGCCUCCUGCCCGUUCCUCACACACUACCCAAACCACUUGGCUCGCCACAUGAAAACCCACAGUGGCGAGAAACCGUACAAGUGCCCACAGUGCAACUAUGCCUCAGCGCACUUUGACAACCUCAAGCGCCACCACAGAGUGCACACAGGCGAGAAACCUUACAAGUGCCAUUUGUGCGAUUAUGCCUGCGGGAACCUGGCCAACCUGAAGCGCCACCAGCGGGUGCACUCGGGUGCCAAACCCUUCCAGUGCGCCGUGUGUAGUUACAGCUGCAACCAGAGCAUGAACCUGAAGCGGCACAUGCUUCGACACACUGGAGAGAAGCCGUACAAAUGUCAGGAGUGCGGCUACACUACUGGUCACUGGGACAAUUACAAGAGACACCAGAAGAAACACGGCCUGGCCACAGACGGCUGGGUCAAGGCUCCGAUGACUGGCAAUGAUGAAGAGGAGGAAGUAAGGAAAGGGAUGGGAGUUGGAGUUCAAACACAAAGGAAAGAAACGGGGGUGGAUAUCCAGUAUGUGUCUCGGGAGGGAGGUCAGACAAUACACUCAUGUUAUAAACUGGAGAUUGUAUAAAAUGUUACUCAGCAGAUCUAAGCUACCAGCAAUUUGUUUUGUUUUUUGAUAUUCACAGAGCCUUUAUAUUGUGCCAGUGUCUAGUGUUUUGUCAGAGGCUGCUAAUUGUUCAUUGUUCAGAAUCUUGCACAUUUAUGAAACAUUUUGAUGCCAUUUGGAUUGAGGAAGGUGGAUGUGGAAUUCAUCUCCUACUCCGCUACUUAUGGACCGUCUCUACUGUUGAAGUCCUUUCACUGUCUUGUCCUUUACGUUACACUACAUUGGUCUAAUUAUAACAUUUCCCUCACACACUACAACACGUCUGGUUCAGAGAACACAAACAAAUGCUCAUCGGUCCAUGGGACACAUGCACAUAUCUGCCUAAACUGUUAGAGCUGCACUGUGUAGUUUUUAUAAAAGGAGAAUUUUUUUUCCAGUUGAUUAAAUGGUGUAUCAUGUAAUUUUAUUUUAUACCAAAAAUCUAAUGAAAUACCUUGAAUGUCACUGAUUUGUUUCCACUCUCUUGUCACAUUUACAGGACAGAGAUACCGAUUUAUCUUUGAAUCAUGAGCUAAAUGAAACAGUAAAUUUGAUUCUAAAUAUGUGCUGCUUUUUACUAAGUUGCAUUUCCCAAACACUAUAGAGUGCAGCUUUAAGUAAAUAUGGGUCCUUGUAAGGGCCAAUAUUGUGCUGCUCUCUGCCCUGGUGAUGGCCCACCUUCAGAUAAAUUUAAUGUACAUACUACUAGCAAAGUGCUAUUUAAUAGUACUUGAAUUGUUUUACACUUGAGAAACUAUUAAUUUAUUUAGGUUGUAUUAACCUAAUUAAGCUCCAGUGUUUUUAA